AUGUUUAUAAGUAAUGUUAGAAAUAGAUUAAGACAACUUAACCAACCCACAGACAAUGAUUGUAAAAGAUGGUUCUGGGAAUUAUUACAGAAUGCUAAAGACUCUAUUGCACAUGACCCUACAAAAAAAUCUGUUUCUAUUAAUGUUAAAAUUACAGAUAAUACAUUCACAUUCUCUCAUAAUGGAUCACCGUUUACUGCAAAAGCAAUGUUAGGGUUGUUAUAUAAAUAUUCAGAAGGAAAGCAAAAUGAUACACAAUCAACAGGAAGAUUUGGAACAGGAUUUUUAACUACACAUACUAUUUCAAAAAUAGUUUCUAUUACUGGAGAUGUUUAUGGAGAUGAAGAAAAAAGUAUUGUUAAUGGAUUUACUGUAACAUUGUAUAGAGAUGGUUAUGAAGAUUAUGAGUUACUUGAAGGAAUUAAAAAAAUGGAAAAUUCAUUAAAAUAUUUAAAAGAACCAUUUGGAUUGACUACUUAUGUUUAUCAGAUUCAAAACCAAACAGGGAAUGAGGCUUUACAAAAAGGGGUUUCAAAUAUAUGGGAGAAUGUAGCACAAACUCUUGUUUUUUGUAAAGAAGUGAGUGACAUUACUAUAGAUUAUAAAGGCAAGAUAACUAAAAUAACAAGAGACCUUGUUGUUAAAGAAGGAAUAAUGGAAGUUCAUACUCUAGUUUUUAACGAAGAUGGAGAUAUUAGAAAGAGAUAUUUUUUACUUGGAAAUUAUGAAGAAUAUAAUGAAGGACUUACUAAAAGAUUUGGAGUUGAAAGAACACUUAGAAUACAAUAUGCUAUUGAAUUUGAUAAUGAAAAAAACAUUCUUAAAAAUAAAUUUACUUCAUUGUACUGUGUUUUCCCACUUGUUGGAUCAGAAGCAAUUCAAAUUCCAUUUAUUCUUAAUUCUCCAGAUUUUCAACCAGAUGCAGAAAGAGAAACGAUUUAUCUUAAUGGUAAUGAAACAAAUGCUGCAACUGGAAAAAUAAGUGAUACUGGAAUAAAUAGAAUGGUUUUAUUAAAAUGUGUUGACUUAUAUAAAGAUCUUUUAAACCAUUUAAUUCAAUACGGUUAUACAAAUUUAUAUAUUGUUGGUGCUGGUUUAAAUUCAAAACCAUCAGGAAAAUUCUUUGAUGAAAAUUGGUAUUCUUUAUAUUUUAUUAAUUCUAUGAAAGAAGUUAUGGGUUCUCUUCCAUUUGUUGAAACACCAUUUGGUUUAAAAACACUUUAUAAAAAUGGAGAACCAACUAUGUUUUUCCCAUACAUUAAUGGAACUAAAGAACAAAAACAUUCAUUUUAUUCAAUUGUUGCAAUGCUUUAUCCAACAAAAGUGUGUAAUGAAGAAUGUCUCCAACCAUGGUUAGAUAAUAUUUGGGAAGGUUGUGGUGUUCUUACUAUCCAGAAAUUAUUAAAAAAUAUUAGUCAAUACAGUUCUUUAUCUGAAAUGGAAAAACAUUUUAAAUCAACCGACUUUAAAACCGCAUUAAGUAAUCUUAUUGAUUUAACCUUUGAAACUGAUAAAGAGUUACUAAACAGAUACCCAAUCAUUCCAAAUAAGAAUGAGUCAUUUAAAAGACUUGACUACUCUGGUUUUGUUAGUGUGGUUCAUGUAGAUGAUAUAUUGAAUACAAUUCUUGAUAAAAUUACUGGAAAAUGGAAUGAAUGUUGUAUUCAUGGCUGUGUUAAGAAUGAGCGUUUAACAACUUCACUCGAUACUGGUAGAAUAUGUGAAAUUAUUAAUUCAGAAGUACUAAAACUAAGAGAAUCUAAAUCUAAAGACAUAGCUGGUGAUGAAGAAUUUUUAAAAAGAGUUGCUUUAUUAAUUACGUGUUGUGUAGACAAUCAAACUAAAUUUAAUGAAGAGUUUAUCCAUAAAAGAAACUUCCUUUAUCAGAAUGUCUUUGAUUGGUUUGAUGAAAUUAUCCCUGAUAAAAAACUUAUAAAAAAUUCAUUCUCAAAAAGACUAUGGGACAAUCUUGAUCAGAUUCUUAUUGGAAUUCUUUUGAGAAAAAUAGAAAAGACUGAGGAAAUACGCAAAAUCCCAGUUACUAUAAAACAGUUUAAUGAUUUAUUAUCUUAUUUAUAUAAAAAUUCAACAGCAAUUAUUUGGAAUAGAUAUGCUGUUAUUGCUGAUCAAAAUGGUAUAUUUCAAAAACCAGAAGGAAUGUAUAUUGAUGACGGUAUUCCUUGUUGCCUCAAAAAUAGUCACAUCAUUAAUUUAGGUUUGGACUUCAAAAGAAUUCUUUGUGACAAAAAAAUUAAAUUGCCAUUACCCGUUCUGUCUUUAGACGAUGGGUGUAAAAAAUUUGCAGCAUCAAAUCCAACCAAUGUAUAUUGGGAAAAUCUCCUUUAUUUAUUUUCGCUUAUCCCACAAGAACAAGUUAUUCAUGACAGGCAAAAAUUAUACUAUGACUUAAGCAAAUGUUAUUUGAAUAACACAAACCCCGAAGUGUCAUUAGACGUUAGUACUGAUAUUUUAUGGAAAAAAUAUAGCCUUUGUUUGGUUAAACAGAUUGUUAAAAAACACAACUCUUUUAAUAAUUUGUCAAAUUACAAAUCAUAUUUACAUUUAGAUGAUGAUGCUUUUAGGAUGAUAGAAAUGUAUUGGACUUGUUAUAAUUUACAUCAUCAGAAUUUAGAUUGCCCAUUGAAACUUCCUAAUCAAUAUGGAACUUUCAAAGACUCUAGAGAGUUAUCAUUUGACCAAGACAAUGCCCAAAAUGUAAUAGAGGUCCAAUCAAAUUUAUGUUCCCUUUCAAUGAACCGUUAUUAUGAAAGAUAUAUUAUGUGCACAAGUUAUUCUGACUAUAAAGACAAAUUAUUAUUUAAUGGAAUUAGAAAUAUUAAUAAUGAAUUGAAUAUUGUUACACUACAAAAGAUAUGUAAUACAAUUGAUGAUAUGAUUGAAGCUUUUUAUACCAAGAACAGAAAGGAAUUAUUCGAUAAUUCUAGAUUCAAGGAUGUUAUGACUGACUUAUUUGCAACUGGGUAUAUUCCUUCAUCACAAUACUUCCCUAAACUUAGCCAAGAAACACUUCUUAACGAUAUUGAGUAUAGUGUGAUGUUUAGCUCAGAAUUUAAAAAGUCAUUCUUUAAACUAUCAAACCUUUUAAAAAAGAAAGGAAUGACAGCAGAUGAAUUAAUUAAUUUAGUUGAACGAUACAAUGUAAAAAAAGAUGAAGUUCAAUAA